AUGUUCGAUGACUCGGAUGGUGCGUCAUCUGAAGAUGAUAACUUCAGCACAUACGGUGAGUCUCCUAUCGAAGAAGACGAAGAUUCACCAACGCUACCUUCCAAGAAGAGAUAUCAGAACUUCUUGAUGAGCGAAUCUAAAGGGAAUCUGGAGGUUUUGAAGUUGGAGAUGUCGUCGUUAGACCUUGCGGUAGGACAACGAUACUUGACUAAAAAGCAUUUGAAGAGACGACUGAAACUUUUUACAGUGAGGCAUCAAUUUGAUUUUGAUGUAGAAAUAUCAAAUCUGACAACAUACGUUGUUAAGUGUUGGGUUGAUGGAUGUACAUGGAGAGUUCGUGCAUCUACCGAAGGAUUGUCCCCCCAGUUUUAUAUUCGUAUUUACGACUCGGAUCAUGCAUGUUCUGUAACUGAGCGUUCUAAUCGAUCUCGAAAUGCAACACCGGAUAUUUUAGGAGAGUUGUACAAGAACUUUCUCGGCGACGUUGGUCCGGCCGUUCGCCCUGAGAGUGUCGGAAUAGCUAUCACUAAGCAGUUUGGUGUAAAGAUGGAAUAUUGGAAAUCACACCGAACGCUUAAAUGUGCAAGGGAAAUCGAUGAGGGCACACCUGAGUGUGGUUUUGAACUCUUGCCUUCUUACUUAUACAUGAUAAGAAGGGCAAAUCCGAAUACAGUUACGCGUCUUCAAAUCGAUGAGCUUGGAAGAUUCAUGUAUGUGUUUCUUGCGUUUGGUGCGAGCGUUAAUGGGUUUCCUUUCAUGCGCAAAGUUGUUGUCGUCGACGCCUUCGCAGUGGUUGACACUGAAAAUGAUGAUUCGUGGAAUUGGUUUUUUACGCAACUAAAAGUGUUGAUUCCUGACCAGGAGGGUCUUGCGAUAAUAUCAGAUAGGCAUAACUCGAUAGGGAAAGCAAUUACAAAUGUGUAUCCGUUAGCUGCUCGUGGAAUAUGCACCUAUCAUUUGUAUAAAAACAUAUUGGGACGGUAUAAAGGAAAAGAUGUAUUUCGGCUGGUGAAGAAAGCGGCGAGAUGUUUUAGAAUGUCUGACUUUGAUAUGAUUUUCGAGGAGAUUGAAGCACUUAAUCCUGAUCUCCACGGCUACCUCGAAAGAGCUGAUGUCAGACUGUGGACACGUGUUUAUUUCCCGGGCGAGAGGUACAAUUUGAUGACUACGAACAUAGCGGAAUCAAUGAACAGAGCAUUAUCGCAUGCUAGAGGUCUUAACAUUGGACGUGUAAGUGCCUCCCGGGAUUGGACGGUUCAAAGGAUUGAUGACCAUCACACUGAAGUUAAAUAUGGCGCUGCUGGCGAGUCUUUGAAUGUUGUUAAUUUGGUUGAACGAAAGUGCACAUGUCGGCGUUUCGAUGUCGAGAAAAUACCUUGUGUACACGCAAUCGCAGCUGCAGAGGAAAGAAAUGUUUCUCGUAUAUCACUGUGCAGUCCUUACUAUAAAAGCACUUAUUUAGCUAGCGCAUACGCUGAAUCAGUCAUGCCGGUUGACUCAGCGCUACCUGUUCCAGAUAACGUGGCUAACGUACAGUGCUUUCCACCGUUUAUUUGUCAACAACCGGGAAGACCUAAAAAAAAUAGUAUGAAAUCUGCUUUAGAAGUUGCACUUGCAAACAAACGUCCUAGGAAAGAGCACAUAUGUUCUCGUUGCAGUCAAAGUGGACAUAAUGCGAGAACUUGUCCGAUAUAA